GCGCUCGGCGCGUGGUGAGCGCUCAACGGAUACCGACGUUAUCCGUAUGGUUAUCGUCAUCGUCAUUAAAGACGGGGCCGGCGACUUAGGGCCCGGGACAGCCUCGGUAGGGCAGGGGGCGGGGCGGCCCGGCGGGGGCCCGGCCCGACUCCGCCGUCAGCCUUUCCUUCCCUCUUCAGGAUGUGGACGGGGUCGAAACCGCCGCCCGAAUUCGGGGGAAACCCACCCGCCCGGGCGCCGUGGAAACCGGGGCACCGAUCCGCUGCCGGUUUGCUAUAAAAGGGGACGGAGCGGGGCCGGCGCCCAGACACGCACACCCCUCCUCCCCGGCGUCGCGCCCACGCUCACCUACGCGCCCGGACGAGCGCGGGCGCUCCGACUGACAGCGCGGCGUGCUCGCCGGACAGAGCCCGCUUCGGCUCGGCGGGGCGUCCCGAUGUUGAAGUCACUGCUGCUCUCGGGCCUGGGCCUCGCCCUCGUGGAGUCUGUCCCGGGGAGGCCGGCGGCUGGGACCGGCUGCCCCGCGGUGGAAGGUAACAGGGUGGCGGUGGACACCCGCGUCCUGAAGGCGCGCCGGGAUGCCCCGGUCUUCCACGACUACCGGAACCGCUCCGUCUCCCCCCGGGAUUACAGCAUCAACCGGGACCCGCACCGGAUCCCGCAGGAGCUGGCGGAGGCCCGCUGCCUCCUGUCGGGCUGCCGGAACGCGGAGGGCCGGCGGGACCUGCUGAAGGAGUCGGUGCCCAUCCGGCAGGAGGUCCUCGUCCUGCGGAGGGACCCCCGGGGCUGCCCCCGCUCCUUCCGCAUCGAGAAGCUGCUGGUGACCGUGGGCCGCACCCGCGUCACCCCCGUGAUCCACUCGCGGUCCUGA